AUGGAGGUUUAUCAAGACAUCCAUCAGCACUCAAUGUCUAAUGUUGACUGUAUCCCUCGACAGGUAUUUGAUAUGAGGUGGAGACCACCAGCUAAUCCCUUGUGCAAACUAAAUUUUGAUGCUGGAUUAGAAGAGACUUAUGGGCUUGGUAUUGUGGUGAGAAACAGCAGGCGGGAGGUUGAGAUCGUGGUGGCUGCUUCGAGGAUGCAGGGUUCUGCCUUCUCAUGUUAUGCUCUUCUAAGAGGUAUUCUCUGUCAAGAGAUGAAUCUUAACAAUGAGCUAUUUGAGGGCGAUGCUAAACAUGUGGUUGAUGGGGUUAAUGGGAACACUGAUGAUUUAUCUUCGGAGGGCCAACUGAUUAAGGAUAUAUAG